AUGGCAGACUUAGCCGCUUUCGUUUUCAUGUUCGUAACGUUGUCAAUGUUGUCCUGUUUCCAAUCUUUCCAUGUGGUGGCACAUGAGUGGCCUGCAGGGGGUUCAACCAGGUUCUAUGAUUUCAGGGUGCAAACGAUGAGGGUUACUAAAUUGUGUAAUACCAAAGAGAUUGUGACCAUUAACAGAAUGUUCCCGGGACCUGUUGUUUACGCGCAAGAGGAUGCUAGGAUCAUUGUCAAGGUCACCAAUGAGACCCCUUACAAUGCCACAAUUCACUGGCAUGGAGUGAGGCAGAAGCUAUCAUGCUGGUUUGAUGGUCCAUCUUACAUUACUCAGUGUCCCAUUCAAGCUGGUCAGAGUUUCACGUAUGAGUUCACAAUGGUGAAGCAGAAGGGCACUUUUUUCUGGCACGCUCAUGUUUCUUGGCUUAGGGCCACUGUUCAUGGUGCCAUUGUUGUGUAUCCUAAGACAGGGGUCACUUACCAUUUCAAGCACCCUUACGAAGAGCACAUCGUAAUCCUAGGGGAGUAUUGGCUAAGAGAUGUAGUACAACUUGAGCAGCAAGUUCUAGCUAGUGGCGGCCCUUCUCCACCGGCUGAUGCAUUUACCAUUAACGGUCACCCCGGCCCUAACUACAACUGCUCUAGAAAUGAUGUCUACAAGAUCGAUGUUGUACCAGGGAAGACAUAUCUGUUAAGGUUAAUUAAUGCAGGUCUAAACAUGGAGAACUUCUUUGCCAUAGCUAAUCAUAAACUAACCGUCGUGGAGGCUGAUGCCGAGUACACCAAGCCAUUCACCACGGAUCGUGUGAUGCUGGGACCAGGACAGACCAUGAAUGUUCUUGUCACUGCUGAUCAGCCCAUAGGAAAGUACUCCAUGGCCAUGGGACCUUACAUGUCUGCCCAGAACAUUUCAUUCCAAAACAGAUCAGCCGCAGCUUACUUCCAAUACUUGGGUGCUGUCCCUAACAGCAUAUCGCUACCGGCAAAAUUACCAAAUUUUAACGAUAAUCUUGCUGUAAUGACCGUCAUGGAUGGGCUUAGAAGCCUCAAUCCGGUUAACGUUCCUAAACAGAUCGAUACUAACUUGUUUGUCACCGUGGGAUUAAACGUCAACAAAUGUCGGUCCAAGACACCGCAGAAGAACUGCCGAGGGAUGAACAAUGGGACAUUUGCAGCUUCCAUGAACAACAUAAGCUUUGUAAAGCCUACUAUUUCUAUUCUGGAAGCUUACUAUAAGAAGAUUGGCGGUCAGUUCACAGUGGACUUCCCUGGUGCACCACUUCAAUUCGCUGACUUUGCCAAUGGGGCACCAAACAGUGCUCCUAAUAACACACAGGCCAUCAAUGGAACAAGGACCAAAGUAGUCAAAUUUGGAAGCAGGGUACAACUUGUCUUCCAGGACACUAGUACAGUCACCACCGAAAACCACCCGAUCCAUCUUCACGGCUACAGUUUCUACGUCGUUGGAUAUGGUACCGGGAACUUCAAUCCAUUGACUGCAAACUUUAACUUGAUCGAUCCACCUUAUAUGAACACCAUCGGAGUCCCGGUAGGAGGAUGGGCAGCAAUUCGAUUCGUGGCCGACAAUCCAGGGGUUUGGUUCAUGCAUUGCCACUUAGAAAUACACCAGUCAUGGGGAUUAGGCGCGGUGUUGAUCGUCGAAAACGGGAAAGGAGAGCCGGAGACUCUCCCGCAUCCUCCUGCAGAUCUCCCUCGGUGCUAGUAGAGGCCAC